ACUUCCAGUAAUCGUUAUGUUCGAAGCAAUUAAAUAUUUGAUCAUCUCAUUGGCCGUCGUUGUCUGCAUCUCCGCUGAUGACUGGAAACCCAAGGUUAUCAAUGAAUUAAAAUCCAUUCGUGACGAAUGCUUGAACGAAGUGCCUAUUACCGAAGACCAACGAAAACGCAUGAACGCUCUCGAUUUUCCCAACGAAGAAGCAGUACGCAAUUUCAUUUUGUGUGCCGUGCAAAAAUUGGGCAUCUACAGUACCGAACACGGCUAUUAUGCUGAUCGGUUGACGAAGCAAUUUAAUAGUGAGCUACACGGAGAUGAUGGCAAAGAACCAGUCGACAACUGUUUAAACAACAACCGCCAGGGCGAUAAGGAGAAUGAUGUAUAUGUUUACGAAAUGCAUUUGUGUCUAAUUGAAGCUCGCAAGGAGCACGCAAAGAGGCAUAAGGAACAAUCGACCCAAUGAGAACAACAGUACACAAUUCUACGUAAUUUUUUAAAUGAAAAUGAAAUAAAGCGUUUGAAAAGUUUUCUGUCAAACUUAA